CUCCACCGUUCGAAGCUCUCUCGAUCGGACGGCCAUAAUCAAACAAAAGUGUUUUUUCGCGAAAGAAGUGAUGAUGACGGGCAUUUGACAUUUUUUUUUCGUUUAAAACAAGCACAUUUCUCAUUAAAAAUACCAUUUUUCCGUAAUAGUAAUAGAGAUGAGCGCGAAAUCAGACGUAAAUAGGCGCGUGCUCGCUAUCCAGGCAAAGAAAAAGCGACACAAGCCCGGCAAGAAGAAAGGCAAGGGCGAUAAUAUGAACGGCGAAAAUCGAAUUCAUCACUCGAAGAACGAACCCUCGCACAGCUCGAGUAAUGAGACUAUCGAGGAUCCGGAUACCCCGUACACCAGCGAGGAGGAGGAACAAGAGGAUAGCACCGAUUACCGGAAGGGUGGCUACCACCCUGUGAAAAUAGGUGACCUGUUUUUGGGUAGAUACCAUGUCACUAGGAAAUUGGGUUGGGGCCACUUCUCUACUGUAUGGCUGUGCUGGGACUUGGAAGAUAAACGAUUUGUCGCUCUGAAAAUCGUUAAAUCCGCGGGUCAUUUUACCGAAACUGCCCUGGAUGAAAUCAAAAUAUUGAAAUCAGUUCGCGACUCUGAUCCGACUGAUCCCAAAAGGAAUAAAACUGUGCAGCUGUUGAAUGAUUUUAAGAUCAGCGGUGUUAACGGGGUACAUGUCUGUAUGGUGUUUGAGGUUCUCGGUCAUAACCUGCUUAAGCUCAUCAUUAAGUCUAAUUACCAUGGAAUACCUUUGGCGAAUGUCCGGACCAUUAUGAGACAAGUGUUGGAGGGGCUUGAUUAUUUACAUACCAAAUGCAAGAUUAUCCACACAGAUAUUAAGCCUGAGAAUGUUUUAGUUUGUGUAACAGAAGACUACAUAAGAAGGCUCGCCUGCGAAGCGACCGAGAUGCAUCAACUCGGCGUCAAACUGCCCACCUCACUGAUCAGCACGGCGCCCCCCCAAGAAGCCCAGCCGCAAAAAAUGAGCAAAAACAAAAAGAAAAAACUGAAAAAGAAGGCAAAAAGACAAAAUGAGUUACUUAAACGCCAAAUGGAGCAAAUAAUCGAGAUCGAGGAAAAAAAGAAGGUGAAAGAGAACGGAGACGUGAACGGGGACCUCGAUUGUAACGGUACCAGUCCAGAAGACAUGGGCGAACCAUCGGAGAAACUCAGCAACGGAAUUGACGAGCUUGGAGGAGGCGAGAGCAUCGUCCCAUGCGAUGAACCGAAUAACAUUUCCGAUCCCGUGGUGGUGAUGUCAGAGGACGACUCCCCGAGUUUAACCUCGAAAAGUGAGAGCAAAAUGGAGCUGGAUCCCUCGUUUGUCGAAUGCGAUUUCGAUGUGAAAAUAGCGGAUUUGGGAAACGCUUGCUGGGUGGACAAGCAUUUCACUGAAGACAUCCAAACGAGACAGUAUAGGAGCUUAGAAGUGCUUUUAGGAGCGGGCUAUAACACGUCGGCGGAUAUAUGGAGCACCGCUUGCAUGGCCUUCGAACUUGCUACCGGUGAUUACUUGUUCGAACCGCAUUCCGGCGAAGAUUAUUGCCGGGACGAGGAUCAUUUGGCCCACAUCAUCGAGCUCCUAGGCAACAUUCCGAAGAAAAUCGCUCAGAGCGGCACCAAUUCCAAGUUUUUCUUUAAUAAGAAGAAUGAGCUUCGGCACAUAAACGGUUUGAAACCGUGGGGAUUGGAGGAGGUGUUACAGGAAAAGUACGAUUGGUCGCGUAAAGAUGCCGCCGAUUUCGCCGCGUUUUUGAAACCGAUGUUGGAUUUCGAUCCGGAUAAAAGGGCCACGGCGGCCGAAUGUCUGAAACACCCGUGGUUAAAUAAUAAAUGCGAGGCGCAGCUCUCUGUAGGUGACUGAAUUUUUUUAUUUAUUUUUAUAUUUUAGUUUUUGCUUUCCAUAAAAAAAAAAUUGUCAAGAGAAAAUUAAUUGCGUUGUCGCCUUAUUAUUACUGUUUAAUUUCGACCAACUUAUAGGGCCUGUACAUAGAUAUAACUCAUAGAUGAACUUGUGAUGUAUGUGUUUUAUAGACAAUAUAACGUCCCUCUUA